AAAAAAGUUCAGCGGGGCCAGAGAGAAAUUCCUUCUUGAACCAACAGAGUAUUGCACAGCUGAAAAUCUCGAGCGUGCCUGUAGGUGACCUCUCUGCGACAAUGGCGGCACCAGCGACUCUUCUAGCAUUGCUGGACUCCCUUACCAAGUCCCUCACGUCAACACUUGAGGUAGCACCGAAACUCGCCAAUCUAGAGCUCCCCAAAGAAGGCAUUUCCCUCCUCGAUGUGAAGAACGAGCUGCUCCUCACAUACCUGCAAAACCUGGUCUUUCUCAUUCUCAUCAAGUUGCGUCAAGCGAAAAAGGGCGUCUCGGGGGAUAAAACAGAAAAUGGGAGUCUCGGCGAUGUUGUCGUUUCGAAACUGGUCGAACUGAGACUGUACCUCGAGAAGGGCGCACGGCCACUGGAGGACAAGCUUCGGUUCCAGAUCGACAAAGUGCUUCGUGCGGCAGACGAUGCUGAACGCAACGCAAAGGCCGCUGAAGAAGCGUCGACGGCCAAUGGGCACGGGUCCGGCUUCGAGUCCGAGUCCGGCAGCGAGGACGACGAGGAGGGCGACGAGGAUGAACGGGAAGAAGCCGUCGAUGGCCGGAAGAUCGCGGAUCUUCAGCACCGCCCCAACCUCGCCGGGUUCCAGCGCCCGACUGCCGCCGCGCAAGCCGGGAAGGAGAAGGACGCGUCGGGUGUUUACCGUCCGCCAAGGAUCGCCCCCGUGGUGAUGCCCACCACCGAACGGCGCGAGAAGGCUAAGGAGCGACCCCUCAAGUCUGCCACGCUAGAUGAGUUCAUCGCCGACGAGAUGUCGACGGCACCUAUUGCGGAACACAGCAUCGGCACUACGAUUGUGAACGGCGGGCGGAAGAUCAAGACGGCUUCUGAACGUCGCAGAGAGGAAGAACUCCGGAAUUACGAGGAGACGAACUUUGUCCGGCUGCCCAAGGAGAGCAAGAAGGACAAAGCAAAAAGGUCCAAGCUAGAAGGGCGUAGCGCCCGGAUGAGCUUCGGUGGCGAGGAGUGGAGAGAACUUAGCGGAAGCGUGGACAGGAUCAGCCGGCUUACAAAGGGCAAGAGUUCCGGCGGUGGCACCAAGGCUCUGCUGGAGAAGAGCCGUAAGAGGGGCAUCGAUACCGUCGAUGGCCCCCGUGGGAAUGGCGCUAACAUGGGCGAGAGAUACCAAAAGCGGCUCAAAGUGCUUGAGAGUGGCCGGGGCUCAAGAGGAAAGGGGCGGUGAAGUACUGCCGCAUUUCAAGCCAAUAUCAAGCUCAAUACCGUUCAGCAUCCCUUUUUUGGCGGCCAUGUUACCCUUGCGAUAUGUUUACAAACGUCCC